CCCAACAACAACAACAAGAACAAUAAGUUUAUCUGGUGACAUCCGCAAGAGUUUUAGCAGUGACUACUCGCUAGCCAAGCCCACUAUGUCACCCCACUGCCUCCACAACCAUAUUUAAGAAUGGCUUCCACUACGUCUCGUUCUGAGCUGGAUGAAGAGAGAUGUUUCUUUGGGAAGAUCACUAGUGAAGAAGCUAAGGAUAUUUUAUUAAGAGAAGGUGGAGAAGAAGGAACGUUUCUUAUACGGGAAAGCUGCUCAUCCAAAGGAAACUAUGUCCUGUCUUUCAUUACUGAAGGGCAUCCAAUACACAUUCUUAUUCAGAAGUACAGAGAAGGGGCAUUCUUUUCUCUUGUGGUUCCAGAUGAAGCACCAGUAUUCCAUGGCCUGGAUAACCUGGUAAGUCAUUUCUGUCAGAAUCCAGUUGGAGGCUCAUCCACUGUCCUCUGUCAUCCCUGUCCAGGAGACCAGCUGCCUGCAGAGGUCAGGCUUCAUGGCUCCUCCAGUCUUCUCCACAGGUCAACCAGUCAGGGUAAUAUAAAUAUUGUAUCAGAACUCCUGAAGUCUGGAUACAAAAAGAUUGAUGACAAAAAUAACAAUGGUCAAACAGCACUUCACAUAGCAAGUAUGAAAGGCCAUGAAGAAAUCACAAGAAUGCUCCUACAGUCAAUGGCUUUUGUUGAAGUUCGUGAUGAAGAAGGUGUAACACCUUUACAUCUUGCUUCUAGACACAACAGACCAGGUAUAGUGCGACUUCUUGUAGAGAUGAGCCAAGCUGAUAUUCAAGCCAGAGCUACAAAAACAGGUGCUGUUGCUCUGCACGAAGCUGCUGAGAACGGCAGCGUUGAAUGUGUGAAAACGUUACUGGCAGUAGGUGCACCAUCGUGCCCUCGUAAUUCUAAGAUGGAAACCCCAAUUGACCUUGCCAAGAGAAUGGGUCAUAAACAGUGCUACAACCUUUUAGUGCAUCACCAUCCUCCAAUUCCACGAUAUCGAUUAAGAGACUAUUUCCAUGGAAGUAUUGAUCGGUAUUUGGCCCAGGAGCGUAUCCUCAGUGCUCCAAGCACUGCAGAUGGACAUUUCCUCUUGCGUCAGAGUACCAGGAAACAGGAUGUUUAUGUGUUAACUCUGCUGUGUAGAGAGCAGGUGUACAAUUAUGAAGUUUCCGGUGAGAGUGAACUGUUUUGCAUUGAUGAUGGCCCUUACUUUGCCUCAUUAGAAUCCAUGAUUGACCAUUAUGUCCGCUUCAUGGAUGGUCUGCCUUGCCGACUUGUCACCCCUGUCUUGCCGCCUCGACCAUUCUCUGAGGAUGGCAUCCCCAUAGGACAUCUUCCUAUUAUUUCCAGUUUUAAGGAAGUUGUGUAUCGUGAUGGUAGUGAUGGGAACCCUAGUUACUCUGAACAACUUCCCUUACUUUCUGCAGCCAGCCAAGACGACCUCAAGACCCUUCCCUCACUUACUCUCGAGACUCCAUCUUUACAAAACCCUGAUAUUGUUAUCACAAAAUCUCUGUCUCGGCAAUCUCAAGAUUUACUGGAUCUGUAUGAGUCCAAGCAAGACUUUGAAGGAGCGCUUAAGAACAGUUGUAAAAAUCACCAACCAAAAGUUCCAUCAAGGGAUACCCUUAAAUUGGAUUUGCAGAGUUUAACCAUCAGUAGCACUACAGAUACCACAAAUUUCUGUGGCAGUAGCCCAACAAUGGAUGGAAACAGGACAGAUGAAAUAUUUGGUGAAAUUGACAUAAACCAUCUUAGUAUUGGACAAUGUCUGGGAAAUGGUGAAUUUGGAUCAGUAUUAAAAGGCAUUUGGCUAAGUCCUUCUGGAGACAAGAUUGAUGUCGCUGUGAAAACCCUUCAUAAUGACGAUAAAGUCAACAAGAAAAAUUUCCUCAAAGAAGCCGAGGUGAUGAUGAAUCUCAACCACUUGUAUAUUGUGAAACUGGUUGGCAUCUGCCAUGGGCCUCCAGUAGCUAUGGUUCAAGAGCUGAUGGCAAUGGGUUCUCUUCUUGAUUUCCUUUUAGAACAUGAAAAGGAGAUAUCAGUCGACUUUCAUCUCAAACUUUGGGCUGCACAGAUUGCCGAGGGAAUGAUGUAUUUGGAGCAGAAGCAUUUUGUUCAUCGUGAUCUAGCUGCACGCAACAUACUUUUGUCAUCAAUGACCUUGGCCAAAAUCAGUGACUUUGGUCUCUCUCGAGCCCUUGGUGUUAAUAAAGAUUAUUACACAGCUAGUGAUGGUGGAAAGUGGCCAUUAAAAUGGUAUGCUCCAGAGUCUAUCUAUUAUGGAACAUUUACUCAUAGUAGUGAUGUGUGGAGCUACGGUGUUACACUCUGGGAGAUGUACACUUUUGGUGAUCAACCAUAUGGAGAACUUCCAGGGCAUAAAGUUGUUGAACUCCUUGACAAAAAUGAAAGACUUCCCAAGCCUGAGAAAUGCCCAAAGGGAGUAUUUGACCUGAUGUUGCGAUGUUGGAGCUAUAAACCACCUAAAAGGCCAGCUUUCAGAGAGCUAGCAGCCAUAUUCAGAACUAAACCAGAAUAUACAAAUAUCAAAGCGUAUUUUAAAUAAUUAAUACUCUAUUUUAAUAUCAAGCUGAGUUUUAUCAUUCGAAGGAAGUUUCUUUCUUUGUUGGUGCAAUGAAUUCCUGCAGAUUUUAAUCUCAUACACAAAAUAUCUUACGCUGCUUAAAAAAAAUUAUUGUUAUACUGUAUAAAAAUCUAAGUCUAAGAAUAACUUUGAAUUUUAACUAAUUAACCCAUAAACGGUCCAAACGUAUAUAUACGUUUUUUCAACAUUUAAAAGUAUGUAAAAAAGUAGAUCUUCUUUUUGUUUUUUUACAUUUGAAAAUGUGUAAAAAACUUUGAUCUACUUUUUUUUUUUGCUAUAUUUGAAAAUAUGUAAAAAAAACAUAGAUCUACUUUUGUAGCACUACAUAUAUGAACCUAGAUCUGCUUGGACCGUUUACGGGUUAACUACUGUGAUAUUUACCUAUGAUAUCAAAAGUGUUCUUACUAAAGUGCUGUGACAUUUAAAAUGUUCUUGUUCAUUUAUUCUUAGGUUUAGAAUUCUCAACAGAAAGCUUAAGGCCUUCUGUAGUAUUCAAGCAUAUGUAUUUGAUUGUCCAAUCCCUUGUCCCUGGCUAGUAAGUGAAUGAUAUCUCCAUUAUUAUUCUUCAUGAUCCCUUCUUAUCAUAUUUCAACAGAAACAUGGGUAGGGCUAUUUUAAGUGCUUUUAAUGCCAUUUUUAUGGCAAAAUGGUGCCCAGUUUGUGAUACAGUAGCAUGAUGGUGAGAAAUACAAGGUGCAAUAUAUUCUUAGAUUAUACACACACUACAAGAGGUACUCAGAGUCCCAAACUCCCCAGUUACAAACAUCCUUACUUAUAAAUGGGACACAUAGGAGACAGUAAUAUUUUUACAACAGCCAAUCCUUGGUAUAAAUGUUUGAAACAUAAUCACCUCUUGUACCUUUACUUACCUGUACAAAAACUCAUGUGUAAGUUGAAAUGCCAGGGAUUUUGUGAUUACACCUUGUAUGUCCCAGACAUUGGCCAGUUGCCACUGGUAAUUUGCUGUACUCUAAUGAAUAGUAUUGUUAUAUAAAAGGUGCCUUAAAAUGUUUCUUUCUCUUAUCAGUACAGUGAUCACUCUCUUAACUGAACUAAAGUAGUCGGUAGGUUUUUAAGAUGAGAAAAAUUCCAGCUGAGUGUAAGUGGGAUUAUUUUUAUACCAGAUUACUAAUGCCUUUGAUUCAAAAGUAACUGAGGAAAAAAAUACCUUUAAACUUUACAUUUCUUGCCAAGUUUCUACCUCCAAAAAAUAAGAAUUUGGCACACAUGUGCCAAAUGAUGCAAUUGGUUGGACUUUGAAUAAGCUGGUGUUUAAGUGAGCAUUUUCAGAUGUUUUAUUACCAAUAACGUGAAUUAUCUUCUGUGCCUAGUUUUAGCUUAGUCUGGGUUUGAAGGGGUGACCAAAAAGAUUCAUGGUGAGGUUUGUUCGAACUUCCUUCACUAGGAAAGCAGUUAACCCUAGUGUGAAUUUUUGGAGGUCUUUUAUUUAUGGAAAAGAACUAAUUCUGUAGAGGUCAUACAAUAUUUUAUAUUUGUUCGUGAUCAUAUGCUUAAUUCGCAGAUGGGUGAAAUUUUAACAAACAUUAUCUGUCAGUCCACAGCAGGAUUCAAACCUGCACACUGCAUCAAAGUACACAGUACUUUCAAUAGUACUGUGUACCUUGAUACAGUAUGUGCAAGUUCAAAUCUUGCCGUUGUGUGAGAGAGAAUGUUUAUGUCAUCAUAUAUACGAGUUCUAGUGUGGUUAUUAUUUUGUUUGGCCAUCUUUUUUACCACAAAGAAAGUACAAUAGUUGACCAUUUAAUAAAGUGGCAAGUAGAAGAGAAUCCUGAAUCCUGAUGAUAGUUUGGUUAAGAGAACAAUGACUGUGUUGUACUUGAUAUUAUCACUUACAGUAUAUAUAUAUAUAGCACAGUAUUAAUUUUAAGCGUAUUUGUUGAAAAAUAAUAUUUAAGCAAAUUGCUAUUAUAGUUUUGUAUAAAAACACAUUAUACAGUAUUGUAUUUUUAUUAUGAAUUUAUAGUUUAAAUAUAGAAAAAAAAGACACUGAAAAAAUGUUUUAGAUAAUUUUUUUAGAAAUUAUGACUGACAUUCUUAGGCUUAUGAUGUAAUGAAGAGGUUAAGGGUCAUCGUCCCUACUGUAACCAUUAUUGUUAUUACUGUAUUAUUAUAUUCAGUAAGAAGUGCAAAACCCAUGGCAGUCAUACAGUGCUGGGGGAAUAUGAGAUAAUUAGGAUUGAUUUAGGUGAUGACUAGUUCCUAUUCCCUGGAUCAGAGGCCUUCAAGAUUAAGGCACUUUUUUCCUUGGAGGGUAUGUCCAUUAUUAAAUCUCAUGUAUGAGUUUAAUAAUGGUCCAUGUAUUUGAAAUUGUAUUCAGUGUUUAUGAAGUUCCUUGUGUUUGAACGGUAUAUAGAAGUGUGAAACGUGCCAGACCACAUCUACAUUACUGCAGUAGAAUACCAUAUGACUAGUUAUUUGUCUAAACCAUGUUAGUUUAUAAAGCUCAUUACCUUCAAAGGGGAGUACCUGAAGGGCUCUUAAUCCAAGAAAUUGGAGAUCCCCUUACCCCCUCCCUUUCCUUUGAUCAAAUCUGACUCUCAUUCCCCAGGCACUGUAUGACCUCUACAAGUUUAGCUCUUGUCUAUGUUGUUAAUGCUUAUAGAGCUCACUGUCCAUAAUGAAAAAAGAAAAUUUUCAUAAGUAUUAUAAACUUGAUACUGUAAAUGAUUUGUAUUAUUAUCAUGAAAAACGCCAAACCCACAGGGGUCAUGCAGCACCUCGGGGAAUUGAAGACAAUAAGGUUUGGUUCAGUUAAGGAGAGGGUAGCUCAGAUUUCAUGUAUGAAGGGUCCCUUACCAGCAAAAUGAAUUGUAGAAUCAUAAAAGAUCAAAAAUGUUCAUCUGUUAUGUGGCUCAGAUGGAAUGCUGCUCAAGGAAUGUUUUAUUAUGACUGUUAAUUUUGUUCUGUAUAUUACUCUUAUUUUAGUGUUAUAGAAAUUAGUAAAUAUUUUAUACUCGCAUCUGUUGUUUAAAGAUCGUGCAAUUGCCAUAGAAGGCUAAUAAAUUAUUAUUUUUU